UAGCAUACUUUCAGGGGUGAUGAUGGAAGGGGAGCACGCUCACGGAAAGCACGCUCGAUGCUGCAGCAAACUGCCCUUGCGGAGUAACCGUUUAACCGUCAUUGCGUUCGGAUCGGAGCGGUAGUUUUCUGUUUGACCGCUGACAGUCUCGCUAGCCGCAUCGACGUGUCGUCGCGUGUCACGCUGUUCCCAGUGUCGGGGGGGCUUUCUUCUUUGAUAGUGUUGGUGUGCCGCCCGUGCCCUCAGUGUAGCGUUUGUCGUAGAUAAUGCUGCAGUUUGGUGCGUGAGAUUUUUCUGUUUUUUUUCUUUGCUUCGUUUGUGUUUGUCUUGUGUAGUUUGUGGACGCGCUUUAUGGUGUGACUGAUAAUUUCGGGGCAGGAUGAAAGUUGCCAUAGAGAUUACCGUGAAGCUGGGCGGUGCUAUUUUAUGAGGAUUAUAGGAACGCUCGGCCCAGAACGGUUACUUACUGCAGUGAAGGGGCAGUUGGGCCAUAAUUUGGGUUUAGUUCGAGUGAGAGAUAGUCAGUAACGCUGACAUUACUUUGAGCUUUACUGAGGCCUAUAUAACAUGAUAUAAUAAGCAGAAAACUUAAUUCAAUUAAUAACCAAAGCAAAGUGUCUGUCAGCCAAUUAAUUUCCACAAAAUCCUGCUACAAACAUCAACGGAAGUGAUAGCGGGCAUUAUCCCAAGCACACAUCGUUUCUUGUGGGGCACCACACCACACCUGAUAAUGCAGACAAGUUUGUUUCCGAACUGCAUUUAAUCAACCUGCACCGCGUGGUAGCGACUCUACGGGAUAACUCCAUGUCUGCAGAUGGCGUAGUAGAUCAACCACCAACGCUUUGUGUGAUGGUGCAGUGGGCAAACAGCCGGAGCACAAAAGCAGCCCGAAAGUGAUGCGACGUCGACGAUAAGGUGGAACAAAAAAGUACAAAAACCCUUCCCCAAAACCGUACCACGUGUGCAGCGGUGAGCGUGUGUGCGUGCGUAUCGCUGUGUGUUUAUGUACGAAUUUUGUGGUGCAAAAGCGUCGCGAGAAGCCGAGCAAAGUGAGCGGUGAGCAAAGGAAAAAGUUCAAAGCCAGUGAGUGAGAAGGCACGAGGAAAUCGCGGCAAGCAGGCAACACAAAAAGGAGGUCGAGUAAAAAAAAACACGAGGCGUAUAGCGUAGAACAACUAGUACGAGAGCAAACGGUUCCACAGACACAAAAGGGCACCCGAAUGGCACGAAUAGCGGACGACAGUGACUUCGAAGCGCUGAAACGACUGGUCGACAAUCACGACGGCUGGACGCUGGAGCUGUCCAAAUCCGACACCGAGGUGUACACGCGCCCCGUGCCCGGCUGCAACUUCAACAUGGUCAAGAUCCACACCGAGUUUGCCGACGUCACCGCCGACAUCGUGUUCGACGUGCUGCACGAUCCCGACUACCGGAAGGUGUGGGACUCGCACAUGCUCGCCAGCGAGGAAAUCGGCAUACUGAACGUCAACAAUGACGUCGGUUACUACGCAAUGUCCUGUCCACCGCCCCUCAAGCCGCGAGACUUUGUGCUGCAACGAUCGUGGCUCGACACCGGGCCCCAAGGCGAACAGAUGCUCCUUUCACGCUCGGUCCCUCACAAGAACUAUCCUCCCAAGAAGGGUUACGUACGCGCGAUGUCGUACAUUACCGGAUUCGUACUGCGAACGAACGAAAACUCAAAGACUGGCUGUAUACUUAAGUACGUGGCGCACUGUGACCCGCAAGGUACGCUGCCACCCUGGCUCGUGAACAAGGUAACGCACACGCUCGGACCGCGCAUGGUAAAGGAUCUCAAGAAGGCGGCCCUCGGGUACCCGGGCUGGAAGCUGACGCAGCCCCAUCUGCGGAAACCCUGGCGCUUUCCGGAGGAGAUUCGCUGUCCACGGAUAUCGAUCGAUGAUUGUCUCGAUACGGUAACAGUUCCACUCGCGCUACCACCUGCAGCUACAGUUUCCAGCCCGAAAAGUGCUCCCAGCCAACAGCAGUCACCCAGCACACCGCAACCUCCAGCACAUCGAAAGCUACCCCAGCUGAAAACGCAAACCAACGGUCGCGUGCUGCCGAUACUGCACAAAAAGGCCCAAUCGACACCCUCCUCGCCCGUGGUGGAGGAGGCCAAAUUCCCCAAGCGAGACGAUCUGAAGGAGCUGCUGGAGGAGAAGCGCAAGGACGAGAAGAAAAAGCAGAAAGAUGCCAAGGAACCCAAGGGCAAGGACGGAAAGGAGGGCCUGAAAAGCAGCAAAGAGCUGGAAAAGGAGGCAAAGGCGGCGGCCAAGGAGAGCAAAAAGCUUAGCAAAGCGGCGGCCAAGGAGGCGGCCGCUGCCGAGAGCGCACUGGCCAAGAAGGAGAAAAAGGAAAAGGGUCUCACCAAGCGGAGGUCGUUGUUGAAUUUGAAGUUUUAGUUAGUUGUAGUUGUAAAGCGGGUUAGAAUGUUGAAGGGUUGAGGUUUGUUGGAAUGGAGUGGCAGGCUAUCAGUAUUAUGCAUCGAAACGGGAACGACGGAGGAAUGUAUGUACAAUCGUAUGUAAAAUCAAUCAAUCGCCCGACGUGAAAGCGCUCCUUCCUUAAGCAGCAGAAGGGAGGAAUUCGAAAAAUGAAACAAAAUACAAUAAUCGAACGAUACGAGCACGGAAGAACGUUUUAAAAGCUUUCGUGAAAAACAAAUCUACGAGAUUUUUAAAACCAACAACUGAAAACGAGUAGAGAAGUGUUUACCUUGGUAGAACAGCAGAAGCAAGGUCGGUUGUAUCUUUACAUUAGCGAUCAUCUUUUGCGAUCAGAUUUAUGCACGUACCCUACACCAUUAAAUAGAUCUAAUCUAAUGAAGAAGUAAUUGAAGAAGCUUACUUGUAUCCCAAUUAGUACAGCAUCGUGUUUUAUUUAUUGCUUUUAGCUGCUUUCCUUAUUCAUUUAACACAAUGUACGUAAUACUCAUGAAAUUAUUACUAAAAGCAUUACAUUUGGGACAUUAUUGCUUUUUUCGCGAUAAUUUGAAUGAUUUUGAUAACUCUUUAAACUAAAAUCCACCUUCAAAGCAUCGAUUUUAAGUUACAAAACAAAGUGUGCUCGUCUGGUCAUUUACAUUAUCUCAACUCCAAUAUCAAUGCUUCUCCAAACUUUGAUGUAAAUAAAGGUCAAUAGCGACUAGAUAUCUAACACAACAUAAGAACUUCCUCUUCUCCACAGGAGUAAACCGUAAACUGUAAAUGUGUUGUUAGAACCGUGUUGUUGAGGAUAGAGGUAGUAGUAGUAGUGUAAAACUGUACAUCUUGUUUGAAAAAUGAACCACAAACGAACAUAAACCAAACAGCCAUCGGAAACAACGUGAUAACAUACUUAGAGAAAAGCCUAGUCGCACACCGUUACACCGUUACAUAUGGGUGAACGCGUUACGAAUAUGUGCUAUAUACUAACAAAAAAAACUGUACUAAACCUUCUAAACCUGUGUACUGUGGUACUGAGUGAGAUAAUUCGCAGUUGAUGUUACGAAAAAGAAAAAAAGACGAACCUUUAAAGGGCAGACGAAUAGAAGAGCCCGGUGCGGAUGGUUUAUAGAUAGCCAAACAGCAAAUCGAGGCGCGAAAGACAAUUAGUGUGUAAGACUUUUCAACUACCGCUACACCAUACAAAUUACAAUGAAACUGUAUGUCUCCCCCUCCCUUUCCUGUGGCCUUUCUUCCCACUUUCUUCAAAUUGUAAGAAAUAACUUCAUGAGAAUUAAACACACGAAAACCUAUCAGACUUGUAGACUGUAAGUAAAACAAUAUGGGAGGAAAUAAAACCCUAGCUAGGAGCUAACCAAUGAUGAAAACAUAGAGUAUAAGACAAACAGGAAGGGCGAAUCAGAGAGGAAGAGAGAAAGAGAGAGACACACACAGAGUUUUAUCAAAGACGAACCAAUUACUGUCGCGUUGUGAUUAGUAAGAGCGAAACCUACACAGAAGAAGUUGUAAAUAAUUUCGCCUAAUCUGGAGUCGAUUGUGUUGCGAUUGAGGGUGCAUCUUGCUUUGCCUCGGAAUAGAAAUUCGCAACAAUUACAUGAUCUUAGCGCAACGGAGUCAAUCAAAUUCGCACUUCCCAUUCGCCGGUGUGCAAGUGUGCAGGCCUCAUUGAACUACACUAACAUUAGCCAACAACAUGCAGAUUGUUCCCCGCCCUUUUUGCUACCAUCUCUGGAUGGUAGCAAAAAGUUGGUAGUUUUGCUCCAUCUUUCCAAUCAAUGGACACAGUUUUUAAUUGUAAGUGUAUGUAAGUGUAUGUGUGUGCGUGUGCUGUAUGUAUGUCAGUUGGUAAAGUUAUGUAUUUUUCGUGUGAAGUCUUUACGCCACUCAUUGUAAUGGUUGAUUAGCAGCAGCAGACUGACUGACCGUAGAGUGUGUGACAUUAGUGGAGCGUAUAGGCGGGUAGGUGAGUGGGUGCACCUGUGUACCGGAAGGGGGGAUUUUUUGGGUGGGCUCGAUCCUAGGCGCACAACAAGGAAACCCCCAUUUGCUGUGUAAUUACGUUGAAGUUGUAGGUUGUUGAAAUAAAAUCAGUCAAAAGCCGAUUGUGUUGAAUUGAACUUCGUUGUGUGCUCAGAUUGCUUACAACGACAUGAUGACCAAGGCUGUUGAAACAUAUUAUGCUCUCUCGCUUACACUGAUCGUAUCCUCACAUGUGCUCAUAAUCCUCAACCAUGGACAAAGCACCACAGAACGCUCCCAAUCAGAACAAAUAUGCGAAACGCCAGCUGUCGCGCAGUUAACGACCCUACACAGCAAACACAAAUAAGGCUGGCAAGCAAACAAACGCUGGAUGAAUAUUUCAUCCAAAAGCGUCGCCGCCAGAGCGCGGCUGAACUGGUUUGCUGGGUGGUGACUCCACGAAAGAACUGUGGCAAUUGAGGGACCCACCUCAGAGCUGCUAUAUACCUUUCGUCGUCAGCAACAGCCAUUUAUUACCGCGCAUGUUGUUAAAUCAUUCUACGUUCAACCCUAUUUCACUCAAGUGCCACGUGCCUUUGGGGACUAAUAUGCAAAAUGGAUGACCAGUCGUGAGCUCGGCGACAUGGGUAAGUUGUUGCAAAAAGACGAGCGAAGACAUUCGACAAUUUGCAUUCCGAUGAGUUACUAAUUACAUCAAAAUUGCUCAUUCGCUUUGCAAAACGUUCCAAGGAUAUCUUAAUUCCCCGGUACAAUGUGAGCCGUAUGUUUGAUAUCGACAUGUCCCAUAUCAUCAUACAUCACCACAAAACGACUAUCGAAAGAGAGAGAGAGAGA